AUGCGCAAUCGCCAAAGCCUCCAGACGUGGGUCGAGUCCAUCCAGACCACGGCCCAGGCAGACAAUGAAGAAUGGCGCCAAAGGAUUGCGGAGAUGGCGGACACCCUGUCUCACCAGCCCUUGACGCGAGACGGCCGUGUCCUGUUUGCUGGGACGACGAGUAACUCAUUGAUUGGACAGGUGUUUUUGGUCCUGCGCGAGCAUCUCGGGGACGAAAACUUGGACCUGGCAGGUGGCGUGCUCUACGAGCUGAUCGAAAUCGACUGCGACUAUUCGGAUGAUCCAGGAGCCGAAUUUCAGCGCUGGAAGCACGAUCACCUCAACCGACACGUGAGUCGGCCAUUCCGUUACGGCUUCUUCCUGGCCACUGACACGGCUAGCACAGUCAAACCUUGA